CACUCAUAAUAUUUGUCACCCAAAACAAAAUAUAGCUAGUAUACGGCAAAGAUGAUGGCAAAUUCUCUCCAUUCUCUUUUUCUACUGCUUGGAAUUCUGUCUUUCUUAGCACUGGUCCUAGGCCAGGAUCAAUCAGAAUUCACUAGCAUAGAUUGUGGACUACCUGAAAAUUCCAACUACACUGAGAAGAGCACAGGAAUCAAUUAUAUUUCAGAUGCUAAUUUCAUUGAUUCUGGUGUGAGUAAGACUGUAUCGCCCCAAGAUAAAGCUACUCAUCAACAAUAUUUUACUUACCUUCGGAGCUUUCCUAGCGGAACAAGAAACUGUUACAGAAUAAAUGUAACAAGUGCUACUAGAUAUUUAAUCAGAACUAGUUUCUUGUAUGGAAACUAUGAUGGUCUUAAUAAGCUCCCACAAUUUGAUAUUUAUCUCGGAGUUCAUUUUUGGGACACAGUGAAAUUCACAAAUUCAUCACUCAGUAAAAAUUAUGAGAUCAUACACACUCCAUCACUGGAUUAUAUCCAUAUCUGUAUGGUUAACAAAGGCACAGGGACACCGUUCAUUUCAGUUAUAGAAAUGAGGAUUUUGAACAAUGCUACUUAUACCACUGAAAAGCCGUCUACAUCAUUGGCACUAUUCCGAAGGUUGGAUUUUGGUUCUAUCACCAAUUUAACAUACAGGUAUAAAGAUGAUCCAUAUGAUCGAAUAUGGGAGCCUUAUUGGGACAACAAGUGGACACAAUUAAGCAGCAGACUUGGCAACGAUGACUUGAUUCAGAAUGACUUUAAACCACCAGUAGUUGUGAUGGAGACUGCAGCUACACCAAGAAACGUUACUGCUUCAUUAGACUUCAACUGGGAGAUUGAUGAUGAAACCGAGCACCAAUACUAUUUCUACUUACACUUCGCUGAGCUCCAGAAGUUGGGUCCAAAUCAAACAAGAUCAUUCAAUACCACCAUAAAUGACGUGACUUGGAAUGCAGCAUUACAACUCAAAUACCAUCAAGUACACACCAGAAAUACUCUAACCGGACCUUGGCUUCUAACAAAAAGGGGUCACAUUUCACUUAUUCGGACACAAUCUUCCACCCUUCCACCCAUCAUCAAUGCUCUUGAGAUUUAUUUUGCUAGAGAUUUUUCAGAGUUAGAAACCCAAAAAAAUGACGUGGAUGCAGUCACAAACAUCAAGAGAGCUUAUAGGAUGGACAGUAGAAACUGGGAAGGAGAUCCAUGUGCUCCCAUUGCAUACAAGUGGCAAGGUGUAGAGUGUAGCUCUUUUGAUGGCUUUCUAAGAAUCACAUCCUUGAAUUUGUCUUCAAGUGGACUCACCGGACAUAUACCGGCUGAUAUCUCCAAGCUUACCAUGUUAAAAUCCUUAGAUUUAUCGGACAAUGGCUUAAGUGGGAAUAUACCUUCUUUUCUGGCACAAAUGCAAUCACUAGAAUACUUAAACUUGGCAAACAACAAUCUAACAGGUUCAGUUUCAAAUGAACUCCUUCAAAAACAAAGUGAUGGUCAACUAUCCUUGAGUGUGGGACAAAAUCCAAAUCUAUGUGCAUCAACUUCAUGCAACCAUCAAACAAAUGAUACAAGAAAGAAGAAUAAUAAUGCAAGCAUUACAGUGGUAGCAUCAAUUGCAGGGAUAUUACUGCUUCUAGUAAUUGUUGAAGCAGUUAUAAUCUUUCGCCUAAAAAAGCAAUAUGCUUCUACGACCAUUUUUAGGAAACGUCGGAAUUCAAUGAAGGGGUCGCAACUGGAAUCAAAGCAACGGCAAUAUUCAUUUAAUGAGGUUGUUAAGAUGACCAACAACUUUGAUAAGAUUCUUGGUAGAGGUGGAUUCGGAAAGGUUUACCAUGGCUUUAUUGACGACAUUCAAGUGGCUGUCAAGAUGCUUUCGCUAUCAUCCGUGCAAGGAUAUCAACAAUUUGUUGCCGAGGUUAAGCUUCUAAUGAGAGUCUAUCACCGAAAUCUAACGUCUCUCAUUGGUUAUUGCAAUGAAAAAACUAACAUAGGACUCAUCUAUGAAUACAUGGCAAAUGGAAAUUUAGAUGAACAUCUUUCAGGUACCAAUAAGGAGAAGUCCUUAAAUUGGGAAGAUAGACUUCGAAUAGCAUUGGAUGCAGCCCAAGGAUUGGAAUAUCUGCAUAAUGGUUGUAAGCCACCUAUAAUCCACAGAGAUGUGAAAUGCUCCAAUAUUCUACUAAACGAAAAAUUUCAUGCCAAACUCGCUGAUUUUGGAUUGUCCAAAUGCUUUGCGGCCGACAGCGAUACGCAUGUGUCGACAAUUGUGGCUGGAACUCCAGGCUACUUAGAUCCUGAGUACACGACAUCAAACAGAUUGACAGAGAAAAGUGAUGUAUAUAGUUUUGGAGUAGUUCUUUUAAGGAUAAUCACGGGUCAACCGGUUAUAAUUUUAAGGGAAGACAUGACUGAUCAUAUAAGUCAACGAGUUAAUUCCAUGGUUAUUGAAGGGGAUAUAACACGUAUUGUUGACUCAAGAAUGCAAGGAGGUUUUGACAAUGGUUCUGCAUGGAGAGUGGUUGAAAUUGCAAUGGCUUCUGUGUCUGCCAGUUCUAUGGAAAGGCCAUACAUGAGUGAUAUAGUGAAAGAGUUAAAGGAGUGUUUGGCUGCAGAGUUAGGUCGAAAACAUAAUAGUUGUGACCUUCAAAAUGAAGAUUUAGUUGGGCAUGUCAGUGUCAAUUUGAUUAGUACUGAUAUGACUCCCUUGGCUAGAUAAGUUUGUAGUUCAUUCCUAAUUAGUAUAGACAAGUAUUAGAAAUAAAAUAGCUUGGAAAAUGUGUUGCAAUUUUAAGUUAAAUUUGUCGUAACCAUGUAUUCUACAUUCUAGCUAGCGAGCAACU